AUGGGUGAACCGGAGCCGGAGCAAAUCCGUCUGAAGUGUGUCCGUAAGGAAGGCUUCUUCACGGUACCUCCGGAGCACAGGCUGGGACGGUGCCGGAGCGUGAAGGAGUUUGAGAAGCUGAAUCGCAUUGGGGAAGGCACCUACGGCAUUGUAUAUCGGGCCCGGGAUACCCACACGGAUGAGAUUGUCGCCCUGAAAAAAGUGCGGAUGGACAAGGAGAAGGAUGGGGUCCCCAUCAGCAGUCUUCGAGAGAUCACACUGCUGCUUCGCCUCCGCCACCCCAACAUUGUGGAGCUGAAGGAGGUGGUUGUGGGGAACCACCUGGAGAGCAUCUUCCUGGUGAUGGGUUACUGUGAGCAAGACCUGGCCAGCCUUCUGGAGAACAUGCCAACACCCUUCUCUGAGGCCCAGGUCAAGUGCAUCGUGCUGCAGGUGCUCCGGGGCCUCCAGUACCUGCACAGGAACUUCAUCAUCCACAGGGAUCUGAAGGUCUCUAACUUGCUCAUGACGGAUAAGGGCUGCGUGAAGACAGCGGAUUUUGGUUUGGCUCGGGCCUAUGGCAUCCCAGUGAAGCCAAUGACUCCCAAGGUGGUCACACUCUGGUACCGAGCCCCUGAACUGUUGCUGGGAACCACCACGCAGACCACCAGCAUCGACAUGUGGGCGGUGGGCUGCAUCCUGGCUGAGCUGCUGGCCCAUAAGCCCCUUCUCCCUGGCACUUCCGAGAUCCACCAGGUGGACCUGAUUGUGCAGCUGCUGGGGACCCCCAGUGAGAACAUCUGGCCGGGCUUCUCUCAGCUGCCGCUGGCCAGCCAGUACAGCCUGCGCAAGCAGCCCUACAACAACCUGAAGCAUAAGUUCCCGUGGCUCUCGGAGGCUGGCCUGCGCCUGAUGAACCUCCUCUUCAUGUACGACCCUAAGAAAAGGGCGACGGCCGGCGACUGCCUGGAGAGCUCCUACUUCAAGGAGAAGCCCCUGCCCUGCGAGCCGGAGCUCAUGCCCACCUUCCCCCACCACCGUAACAAGCGUGUCACCCCAGCCACGUCCUUGGGCACUGAGAGCCAGAGCCGGCGCUGCAGACCCUGA